CCCCCACUAAGCUGUGGCGCCUCUCCGCAGCUUCUUACAACCAAACUGCACAUGUUUUUAUAGGGUUUCCUCUAAGGUAACCUAAGCUCACCACUCAAAACUUUCUUCUCUCUUUUGCUUGCUGUUUCUUGAACUCAAAAUAUGCCUUCACUUCUUCAAAUAUUCCUUCCUUUGUUUCCAUUCUUUUUCUUGGUUUCUUUCUCUUUUUCUCACGGACCCUUUUUGCCUAAGGCCAUUAUUCUUCCUGUAAACAAAGAUCUGUCCACUUUUCAGUAUGUUACUCAAGUUUACAUGGGUGCUCAUCUUGUUCCUACCAAUUUAGUUGUAGAUCUUGGAGGUUCAUUUCUCUGGACUAAUUGUGGCUUAACUUCUGUAUCUUCAAGUCAGAAACUUGUCCCCUGUAAUUCACUCAAGUGCUCAAUGGCUAAACCUAAUGGUUGCACUAACAAGAUUUGUGGUGUGCAAUCAGAAAAUCCUUUUACAAAAGUGGCUGCAACAGGGGAAUUAGCAGAGGACAUGUUUGCUGUGGAAUUCAUAGAUGAGUUAAAAACAGGUUCAAUUGCUUCAAUACAUGAAUUCUUGUUUUCUUGUGCAUCAACUGCUUUGUUACAAGGUCUUGCUAGAGGUGCUAAAGGAAUGUUAGGACUUGGAAAUUCAAGAAUUGCAUUGCCAUCUCAGUUGUCUGAUACAUUUGGUUUCCAGAGGAAAUUUGCUCUCUGUUUGUCUUCUUCAAAUGGUGCUAUAAUAUCUGGUGAAAGUCCUUACUUGUCACUUUUGGGUCAUGAUGUUUCAAGAUCUAUGCUUUACACACCUUUGAUUUCAUCUAAAGAUGGUGUUUCAGAAGAGUAUUACAUCAAUGUUAAAUCCAUAAAAAUUAAUGGCAAGAAACUGUCUUUAAACACAUCCUUGUUUAAAAUGGAUGAAGAAGGUGUUGGAGGGACAAAGAUUAGUACAAUUUCCCCUUUUACUAGCAUGAAAAGCUCAAUCUAUAAGACAUUUAUUGAAGCUUAUGAAAAAUUUGCUAUUUCCAUGAAUUUGACUAAAGUGGAAUCCAUAGCACCAUUUGAGCUUUGUUUUAGCACAGAGGGGAUAGAUGUCACAAAAGUGGGGCCAAAUGUGCCAACUAUGGAUCUUGUGUUGCAAAGUGAAAUGGUUAAGUGGAGGAUUUAUGGGAGAAAUUCAAUGGUGAAAGUAAGUGAUGAAGUGAUGUGUUUGGGAUAUUUGGAUGGAGGGGUGAAUCAAAAGGCUUCAAUUGUUAUAGGAGGUUACCAGUUGGAGGAUAAUCUUUUGGAGUUUAACUUGGGAACUUCUAUGCUUGGAUUUACUCCACUUUCAAUGGCAGAAACAAGCUGUUCUGACUUUAUGUUCCAUUCUGUAUCGAAAGAUUCAUCUUUUGAUUCUUGACACCAAAUCCUUAACCCAAGAUUUUUAAUUGUGGAUCAAUUCCCCUUUGUAUAGUUGUCUAAGAACAUGUAUUGGCUCCUAUACAUAAUCAUGACUUGGCCAAUCUUAGGAUAUAUAACUAGUUUAUUGGUGAGGAAGAGAUUCUUGGGUUUUGAUUAUGACUUAUGAGUGUUUUUUAACUCCCUUUUGAGAAAAUUUUGAUAUGGAACAUCUAUUUUUCAAGUUCCUGAUUAAAGAAUUUAUUAGUUCUGAUC